AUGAACACAAUCGUCAUCGUGAUAACCAUGAUCUUUAUAAUUGUCGGUGUUGUUUUACUAAUGUCAGUCGGAAAAUGGUUUACUAGUUGCAACCUUGGUUUGUUGGUGCGGCGAAAUGUUAAUUGUGAUUACUUGCACAAAAUAUUAUCUGGAUAG